CUCCGCUUUUGGAUAAACAAAACUUGACACCAGAGAUUCAAAAUCCUUCCCAUCAUUCACUGAUAAGUCAUUUGUGAUAAGGUUAGAAGGGAACCGUCAUGGCUUCGGCUAUCAACAUUAAGAUCGGUAUAAUCGGUGGUUCUGGUCUUGAUGAUCCAGAUAUAUUGGAGGGAAGAACCGAGCGUUAUGUGGAUACACCGUAUGGAAAGCCAUCAGAUGCCCUCAUAUUGGGGAAGAUUAAAAAUGUGGAGUGUGUUCUUCUUGCAAGACACGGGCGGCAACACACCAUCAUGCCGUCGAAUGUGAACUACCAGGCGAACAUCUGGGCCCUCAGAGAGGAGGGCUGCACACAUCUGCUGGUUACUACUGCGUGCGGCUCGCUGCGGGAGGAGAUUCAGCCCGGCGACAUCGUCAUCAUCGAUCAGUUCAUCGACAGGACCAGCAAGCGAGCGCAGACGUUGUACGACGGGCAGCCAACUAGUCCCGCCGGCGUGUGUCACAUCCCCAUGGCGGAACCGUUCUGCAACAGAACCAGAGAGGUCCUGGUGGAGGUCGCGCGCAGCCUUGGCAUCAAGUGCCACGUCAGAGGGACCAUGAUGACCAUCGAGGGGCCACGCUUCUCAUCCAGAGCAGAGAGCCUGAUGUUCCGCCAGUGGGGGGCUGACGUCAUCAACAUGACCACUGUUCCUGAAGUGGUCCUGGCUAAGGAGGCUGGUCUGUGCUAUGCCAGUAUCGCCAUGGCAACAGACUACGACUGCUGGAAGGAGCAUGAAGAGGCGCUGAUGGAAGUUGGUCGUUCUACUGUCCCACAAACCGCGGAACAUCUGUACCCUUCUCACUUCCGAGUGACUCUCCUCCUGUCAGGCUCUGAAUAAUGUGCUUGAUUUACUGUGUGUGGGCAGCAUUCGCCUUGUUUGUCACAGAUCCAGCACAUAUCUACGCUUCCGAGUUCCUGCAGCUGACCUCUUCCCCCUCCGGUUGUGGAGCCAUCACCACAUCCUUCCUCCCACCACUCUCUCCCACCUUCCCUCCAGCGCCUGCCUCACCCGUCUCCUUGCCCUCCCCUGUUGCGCCUGCCUCCGGUGGAAGCCCAAGCCGGAGGAGGUUUAGUCACACUGAGUCAUCGACUGCAAGCCAAACAGCGACACUGUUGUAACCGGACGACUUGCAGGUCAUCCGAGGUUGCACCGAGCAAAGUGUGUGUGUGUGUGUGUGUGUGCGGAUGUCAGCUUCUGCACACAGUCGCUUUGAGCUCACCGUUAAUUAUUGCCAUGAACUUUGACAUGACACACAAAAGACAGAUGCUCUUUUUGAAUGUACUGCAAUUUGCCUUAUAGCUGCUUAAAAUAGCAGCUAUGUUUGAUGGGGAACUGAAACAUGACUGAAGUAUACUUCUUCUAAAGUGGAAGGGGGCCUUGUGAGCCGCAUUAUAUCCUGGUGGUAUUGUGAUGGGCCGUCAGACUAAAGAUAGGAAGGUGGAAAAAAAUGACAAUGUAAAUAAAAAGUAACAACAAUGCUGCAUAUUCGUUUCAUUCUCAUCUUAAAUCAUUAAUAUGUAUCUAAGUUAUUAAUGCCUGUGUGAAAAGAAUUACUAUUGUUAAGAUCAAAAACAUUUAUUAGGACAUAAUGCUCACUAAAAGUUGAAUGGAGAAAACCAACCAUUACCUGUAAAACUACGGCACAUGAAGAAAAACAAAGUAAAUUGGGAAAAGAAAACAUAUCAACAUUUCAUCAUAUCAGUGUUUCAGAAUAGAGUAGCUCCAUUACGAUGAUAGUCAUUGUGUGGAUCAGCAGUGAAGCAGCAUUGGGAUUUCAGGCCACAUAAAUAUUGACCUGAAAUCGUGGAUGAAUCUCAGUCCAAAAUAUUUUUAUUUUGUGAUGACCAGCUUUUCACAUUUUGGUGUUUUACAUACAGUAUUUACAGUCCUUUACUGCUGAUUUUGUCCAGUAGCUUAAUCUACUCUUUUGGCCUUUGAUCUGCUGCGGCCUGUUUUUGGUGGCGGAGUCAGGACUGUAGACUGUUGGUCUUGAUAUCCAAGUAGUAGUGGGUCUGGUUUGUGAUGCGGGCUGUCUCAUAUUUCCAUGAUCGCUUGUGUAUUGCGGUAUCUGUCGCACUAUGACUGUCAGUUUCAAAAUAAUACGCCGCAAUAUGAGUGCGAUUAUUCAUCUAGCGAUUUAGUGGUUCAGUUUCUUCAGUUUCAAGUUGCCUUUUUU